CGAAAAUCACAGAGAAUCCAACAUGGCUGCCGACAGUCGUCAGAAAGUGUGUCUCGCACUUCUUUUGACGAUUUUCCUGCUUCCCGUGGCCUCUUCCUGGGACACCAAGGAACUGGAACUCUUCGACUUGGUAGAGGAGGUCAACCAGAACUUCUAUGAAGUUUUAGGACUAGAUCAGUCUGCGUCCAUGUCGGACAUCCGGAGGUCGUACCGCAAGUUGGCACUACAGAUGCACCCCGACAAGGUCAAAGGUGAAGGGUCAGCAGAGGAUGCAGAGGAGCAGUUCAGAAAGCUUGUUGCAGUUUCAGAGGUUCUCAGAGAUGAAAACAUGAGAAAAAAAUACGAUGAGAUUCUGGUGACCGGUCUGCCUGACUGGCGUACGCCGGUGUAUUACUACCGGCGCGUGCGGAAACUGUCGCUGGUGGAGAUGUCUGUCUUCCUGUUUGUCAUCCUCACCAUCGGGCACUACCUGGUCGCCUGGUCCAUCUACUUCGAGAGGAGAUUUGAGCUGAUGGAGAUUGCCCCUAAGCGCAGAAAGAAGAACAAGAAGGGAAAGAAGGAGGCAGAGACAGAAGAUUCCCUCCUGGAGUCCAUGCCAGAAGAGUUACAGAACAAGCUGAAGAAGCCAGAGUUCCGGGACUUGCUGCCCAUAGCCCUGGGUCGGGGUGUGUACUGGCUUGUGUUUGCCAUACCUGAGAUGUACAGGUCUGCACAGGAGGCACGACUGGAGGAACAGAAGAGGAAAGAAGAGGAGGAGAGAAUACUGAGAGAAGAAGAGGAAGAACGAAAGAAGCCAAAGGAGCCCAAAGUGCGGAGGAGGCCGAAGCCAGACCUCCCUCAGUACGACAUGUCUGGUGGAGACACAGAGAUCCUGUGGGACAGUGCCCCCACCAUCAGUAUCGACUCCAUCGAGGCUGAUCUAGACUCUUACCUUGACGAUGAGCCUGUGGUCAAGAAAAAGAACCUAGAAUGGACUGAGGAUGAGCUGUCCCAGCUGGCGAAGAGCAUGGCAAAGUUUCCUGGGGGAACCUCGGGGCGCUGGGAGAAGAUCGCCGCGGAGGUCGGCAGGCCUGUGUCAGAGGUCACCACUCAGGCUGCCAAGGUCAAGUCCAACAAGUUCACCGUGGUUCAGGGGAAAAUUGCUCCGGGUUCUGUUCCAAACGUGACAAAAACAAACAUUGGCAAGAAGGGGAAGGGCAUUUCUGAUGACAUCAUCUCCACCAGGGACACAGAAACUGAUGACAUCAACGCUUUCAUGAUGGGCGACGGUUUGAGCCAGGGCCGCGGCCGCAAAUCCAAGAAGGCCGACAGCGACGUGGCGAAAACGGACAGUAAGAAGAAAUCCAAGAGCGAUAAAAACGUGGAUAGAACUGCUCUGAUGCCAGGAGCACCAAAAGUGAAAGGACAAGACAGCAGUAAAGAAAGAGCCGCAGUGGAAAACAAAAGUACCAGCGAGGCCAAGUCUAUACUGGAAGCCAGUGCACACAUGGACAGUGGUGCCUGGUCCCAGAAACAACAGAAGCUUCUGGAGACAGCGAUAGCGCAGCACCCCAAGGGCACAGCAGAACGGUGGGAGAAAAUUGCCGAGAUGGUGCCUGGCAAGGGAAAGGAAGACUGCAUGUUAAGAUACAAGGAGCUUGUGGAGAGAGUGAGGAAGAAGAAACAAACUGCUGACAAAGAUGCAGUAGAAAGCUAACCUCUGGAAAGAAGUUGUAUAAUAACUGUUUACAUGUUGAAUAUGUGCUGCAAGUAAGCAAAACAGCCAGUUGAGCUGUUAGAUGUUUGGUCAUCAAACUGUCAGUAAGGAUUACCCUUUUCUUCUUAUUUUAAUAAAAGUUGGAUGGAUUGU